AUGAGAGCUCCGGUUCAUGAAGCUAAAUGCACCAGCUUUGCACACGCGGAGUCCAUGAAAAUACAGUCCUCAGAUUCGAGUUUCAUGAAUCCAGCAUAUUCCGCCGACAAUCUGACGAUGAACGAUAACCAACCCACCGCUGAUGCGCAUGAACAUGGAGAUUUAUUUCGACUGGACCCGGAUAUUCAGGCUUUACGUGUUGAAAACUACUCAGUCCAAGACGUCUGUAAACUAAUUGCAAGUAUUCCCACGAUUCCGCUGAAUCGAGUACGACAUUAUCAAGUGAAUGUUUUGAAACAUCAAAUUGACGGGAAAUGCCUGCUUACAAAUGAAAUAGAAACUAUACAGCGGAGCUUAAAAAUGGACCCCGAUGAUUGGCAACCAUUUCUACAUCUGCUGACCUACUUCAGGGAUGUUCGUGAUGUCUGUCCGCAUGGGUUGAUAGGGUCUCAGAAGCGUGAGACAAGUGGGAUCGAACCCAGCUCUGCUGUCGUGUCUAUGGUUUUGCGUAAUAAACAAAUGGAGGGAAGCAGAACACGAAUUGGCAGUUCAAGUGCAUCCAGUACCUACCCAAUCAUCCCACACGUAUCGGCCGGUACAGUUGAUAGUGGGAAGAGUACGGCAAUGGUACGUCAGACACCUUGGUUGCUCUCUCCCGUGGUUGCAACCGGUCCCAACAACAAUGACGUUAACACUGAGAGAUCGACCGAUUCCAUCUCUCCUCUUGCAGACUCUUUAUGCACUACCGAAAAUCAAACCUCACUGAGUGGAAUGGAGGAACCGGAGUCGCUAUGGAAGCCAACAACAACUGCUGCGCUCUGUAGUGAGAUGUCUUUAACCAAUUCUUUCCAUACUAAAAUAAAUAGCCGUAGAGAGUGUAAGCUGUACAGAUCAGAAGACGCUGAGAUAUUUGCCAACGCUGACGCAGUAAAAGAACAGUAUGAGGAAAGCACCCGUUUGCCGACUAUAUUUCAAGCUGGAAAGGGAGACUUCUUGAAAAUGAGGAGCUACUGUCCGACGAGGAACGGGAAACGAACAGCCAGAAAACGGUACCCGAAGAAUGGACACACGUGCAGUCACUCAACAGUAGAUCUCAGAAUGAUCUUAAACCAUAAUAGGAAACCUUGGUCACAUGCCACUGAUUCGACUGGGAUUCGGAACUAUUCAGAAAAAGGAAACCGUCCAAAUAAGGAGUCUUACCGCAGAGCGUCGCGCAACAGACAUGUUGUUGGUCUGGAAGACGAGCUACUGAACUUCCAGCACACCCCUCCUUGGAAAGGACUAGGGGCACCAGUUGCAUACCAGUUCAAGAGAUCACCUUGUUCAGCUAACUCCAGACUGAGAGAUCAUCAUCCAAUAAAGAGCGGUAUAACAUCUGCUGUCGUUGAUGAUGAUUCUACAGACUUAAGGCGGAUGAGAAAAAGGCUCUGCCGAAGAAAAGAGCUGACAAGUAGUGAUCAGAAGCAAACUAAUCUCAAAGAAAGUUUUCCUUUCCCACCGCUUCUCGACGCAGAAUACGAUUACUUUCUUCCUAGUAACGUACACAAAAUGACUUACGGUGAACACCAAGUAUCAAAGGACAAGUCUGAACCUCAAAUUGAUCUCCCGCAAUCCAUCGCGCACAGACAGUUGACAAGUCUUCGGCCGCAUUUGACAUAUGUGACUAGGUCCGAAUUAGGUCACUCUUUAAACUGUCUUUAUGCUUCGUCUGGUCCUAAUCAAACGACCGUCGAGGCAUCGCCAGAAGCACUCAUGGCUGCUAGUAAAACGCAAACCCCACCAAAGAUUCCACGACGGAAUUUAAUUGAACCUGGAGUUAGGACAACGUGUUCCAAUGGCUGGAUCUAUUCGUCAGAGUGGAGUGGAUCACGUUUUCAUCCUCUUAACUCUACGACAUCUGCCAAUUUAGAACAAGAGUUCAGCACUAGAGUAGCAUCCAAAUCUUACAUUCCAGAACUCUGCACCUGCAACUACUGGUAUGAUAUUGAGCAGGUUAUGGACAAAACAACAAUCAGUGAACCCACUCUGCGAGGUUAUUCCGGUGAAAGCAGCACUGACUCACGACAUGAUUCGAACUUGUAUACCACACUUCACUCAUCAGCAGACAUGACCGAAAGUUUUUCCGAAGAGGAGCAUUUCUACAUUGAUAAUGAACGAUCAAGUAGCCGACACUCACGUAGGUCACAAGACAGAGCAGGUGACUUAAAACGAGACUGAUAAUAAUCUUGUCCUUCAAAUAAUUUGUACAAAUGUACACUAAUCCAAAACCUUUGAUUCAUAUGCCGUUUAGGGUAGGUGAGCUAGAGUUUAAUCACAUGGUGUAUUAACAUGCUGUAGCCAGUAUGAAGGUUAUGUAUUGUACACUUAUGGUGUAUGUAGUCGGGCGUGUCAAUUUUGCUUACUUAACGGCCCAGUAACUCUCUAACACCCG